UCACGGGAUCCCAGCCACGCCUGGGAUGGGAGCCCCAGGAAAUAAGCCAGAACUCUACGAGGAAGUGAAGCUGUACAAGAACGCCCGGGAGCGAGAGAAGUACGACAACAUGGCCGAGUUGUUUGCUGUGGUGAAGACCAUGCAGGCUCUGGAGAAAGCGUACAUCAAGGACUGCGUCACUCCCAGCGAGUACACGGCUGCCUGCUCUCGCCUCCUGGUCCAGUACAAGGCGGCCUUCAAGCAGGUGCAAGGGCUGGAGAUCAAUUCCAUCGAUGAUUUUUGUCGCAAGUUUCGGCUGGACUGCCCCUUGGCGAUGGAGAGGAUCAAGGAGGACCGGCCCAUCACCAUCAAGGACGACAAGGGCAACCUCAACCGCUGCAUUGCGGACAUUGUGUCGCUCUUUAUCACAGUGAUGGACAAGCUGCGCUUGGAAAUCCGGGCCAUGGAUGAGAUCCAGCCCGAUCUCCGGGAACUCAUGGAGACCAUGAACCGCAUGAGUCACUUGCCCCCAGACUUUGAAGGCCGGCAGAAAGUGAACCAGUGGCUGCAGACCCUGAGCGGGAUGUCGGCUUCUGAUGAACUGGAUGACUCCCAAGUCCGACAGAUGCUGUUCGAUCUGGAAUCGGCCUACAAUGCCUUCAACCGCUUUCUGCACUCGUGAGGACGAUGCCGGGGCUGGACUGGAACCGUGGCCGAGACGGGUCCCUCUUUGAUGUCAACAGCCCAACCGGUGGCUACACGGAGUCAAGCGGCGAGGAGGCCAUGGUGCAGGGCGUCGAAUGUACAGGCCUCCCGUUGCCCUUUUGUUGACUGGGACCCUUCUUGAAAAAAGAGGGUCUUGUUUGUGUUUAAGCUCUAUUGUUUUUCUGUUAGUUCUUUCAUUGCAUCAUAUUUGUGCUCACAGUCUCACAGGGGGAAACAGGGAGGGUCCACGGAGGGUUCAGCGGCUGCCUCUCGCCGUCAAAGGGCGACCGUGGUGGUGCCAGGGAAUGCCCCAGAGGGGCCUGUAUUUAUUUGGGUCUUGCUUUCACCUCAGAGAGGCAAACCUCAAGAGGGGUGAAGCAAAUAAAUCCUCUUUCUACACUAA